GAACUCCUAGCAUGACAGACCACCUGGUGAUCAGGACAAUUCUCGUCGAGGACCCUGCCACCUGUUGUUCCUCCGUCCCUGUCACCGAGACCCGUGCCAAGGAACUCCAUGAAGAGUGCCAGUUCUUUAGCACUGGCUCUUGCGGCCGUGCUAAUUCUAAGUCCUGCGACAACCUGCGCCGUCACAGGAAAUGCAGCUGACGACGAACUGAGGGAUGCUGUUACCCGACUGCAAUUGGUCCUCGCUCAGCAGUCAGAAACACUCCGAAGUCUGUUAAAAACAAAGUUCUUUGAACCCCGCUGCCCUUAUCCAUUCAGCAAUGUCAUGGACGAAUGCUUUUUCGUGAGUAACUUUAAGCUCGACUGGCACGAAGCGCGCCUACAUUGCCUUGGAAUGGGGGCCGAUCUGGCAAUGCACACUCAACUCCACGCGCUCAAGACCUUCGUCAUACAAGAAUCAUUUCGAGCCGGUUCUUUGUGGAUCGGAAGUACAGACGAAGACAUUGAGGGAGAGUGGAAGUGGCUUGACGGGGAGCCCAUCGACGAAGGUCUGUGGGCAGGGGGAAACCCGGACAGCAAAAAGGGAAAUCAACACUGUCUCAUCAUGGCGGUUCAACAAACCCCGUCCUUACGAAACGUUGCUUGCAGUUUGCCUUCCUACUUUGCGUGUCACUACAAGCUAGAAGGAGAAGAAACAAUAUGAAUGAUUUAGGAAGUGAGGGAUUGAUGGAUAUAGGAUAAGAGGAACUUUCUGUUUACAAUCAACAAA